ACCCCACCCCCAGCCGCUAGCAGGGCAAAUCUGCCAUUGAAGGAGCAGCUCCUCUCUUGGGACAACUUUGCCCAACAGCGGCUACACCGGCCGCCUUUUCCUCGCUCGGUUCUGCUCUGGGUCAGUCGGGAAAAAGCCCCCGAGCAAGAAAGCACGCAGGGAGGCUGGGGACAGCAGAAGGGGGAGAUUCUGGGGUGCCGGAAAGAAAAGCGGGGAGACGGGAAAGGGGCUGUCUGGCGAAAGGCAACGCUUCUCGCUGGCCAGUUGCUGCUUCCUUGCGAGGGGCGGCCAGGCAGAAGGUCGCCUCUUCGCCUGCUUUGAGAGACGCCCAGAAAGCGGCCGCUCCGCUCCGAGGCGAAAGGGGAGGGGAAGCAGGCGGGGCCCCCCUGGAGCGGCCGGCCGGGGUGUGGCUGCCCCAGAGGCACCUCGGGGCUCAAGUGGGGGGGGGAGCGAGAUUGCCUCUGAGCAACUGCAGAGCGCCCUCGCAGCACCGCUGGCUUCACGGGGCUCCCCUUGGCCCCGGGGGAAGGCAGCCCCCGUCCGCCCGUCCCAUCGCUCACCGCGGCUCAGCUCCCGCCGACCCCGCCCCGCCCCGGUCGGAGAAAGGCCGCCGCCGCCGGUCCGCCCGUGCCUGGUGCCAGGGAAGCGCAUGGACUUCGAGGGGCAGGUGCUGCGCCAGGUGGGCGGCUUCGGGCGGCGGGCGCGCUUCCUGGCCGCCGCCUCGUGGCUGCCCAACGUGGCCCUGGCGCUGGGACUGGCCGCGGGGCUGCUCCUGGCCGCCGUCCCGCCGCACCGCUGCCGCCCGGACCCCGCGCUGCUCCCCGCCGCCCUGCGCAACGCCACCGGCCCGGAGCUGCUCAACGCCUCGGCGCCGCAGGGCAGCCGCUGCCUGCUCUACCGCUACCCGCUGCCCGGAGGCGCCCCCGGGCCGCCCAACGGCACCGGGCCCUGCACCCGCGGCUGGCAGUACGCGCUGCCCGCGGCCGGGCUCCGCUCCACGCUGGUCACGCAGUGGGACCUGGUGUGCGCCAGGCAUUGGCAGGUGCCGCUGGAACAAACCACUCACCUCUUGGGAUGGCUGGUCGGGUACGUGGCCCUCGGGGCGGCCUGCGACAGGUUUGGCCGUCGGAUCAUCUUCACCCUCUCCUUGGUGCUGUCUGUCCCAUUGGGCUUCGGCGUGGCCCUGGCAGUGGAUUACUUUAUGCUGGUUGUGAUGCGGAUGCUCUUUGGGGCCGUGCUGGCAGGGGUCUUCCUCUCCCUCUACGUGGCCCGCCUGGAGUUGUGUGACCCUCCACACCGCCUGAUGGUCACAAUGAGCGCCAACUUCUUCUGGAUUGCUGGGCAGCUCCUGCUGCCGGGACUGGCCGUGGCUGUGGCGGAGUGGCGGCUGCUCCAGGGCACCAUCACACUGGGACUGACCCUGCUGGCUGCUUGCUGGUGGUCUCCUUCUCUCUUCCCUGAGUCAGCCCGCUGGCUCUUGGCCACGCAGCAGCUGCAGAGAGGCAAGCGGGCCCUGCUGGACCUGGCCAGGGGCAAUGGAGUCAGCCUGGAAAAUGGCUCCCCAACUGAGGAGCCCCUCUUGGCAGAGAUGGACAGCCGGCUGGGAGGCAUCCCCAGAGCAGAGUAUCACAGCGUCUGCCAGAUCUUCAGCACGAGGGUGGUGUGGAAGAACAGCCUCAUUCUCGGCUUCACUGCGUUCAUUGGGAGCGGCAUCCGCCACUGUUUCGCUCGCAACUUGGCUCCGUAUGCGCCUCGCUUUUACUUCCCCUACUUCCUGCUGGCGGGGAGCGAAGCGGUGGCCGUCCUCUUCCUCUGCCUGACGGUGGAUCACUUUGGCCGCCGGGCGGUCCUUCUCUUUGGCACCAUCCUCACCGGGGUUUCCUCCCUGCUCCUCCUGGCCCUGAUGCAGUAUCUGAUGGCAUGGCUUGUCUUGGCACUCUCCAUCCUGGGCAUUCUGGCAUCUCAAGCUGUUGCUACCCUCAGCAUCUUCUUUGCCAGCGAGGUGCUGCCCACCGUGGUCAGGGGGGCCGGGCUGGGCCUCAUCCUGGCUGCGCACACGCUGGGCCAGGCAGCCACCCCCCUGAUGGACAUCCAGCCCAGCCGGGGGUUCUUCCUGCACCACGUAGUCUUUGCCUCCUUUGCCGUCCUCUCGGUGCUCAGCGUCAUGCUCCUCCCGGAGACCAGCCACCGGCCCCUGCCGGACUCUGUGCAGGAGGGAGAGAGCCUGCACCGGCCUCCGCUCUUCCACCCCAGCCGCCGUCACUGCCGCCGCCAAGACCAGCUACCGCUGCUCUCCACCCACACGGGGGCCAGCCCCUACGACCCCGAGAGCUACGCCCACCUGGUCACAGCCACCAAGAAGAUGCUGGGCAGCCGCGUGGGGCCCGCUUGCGCUGGGAGGCAAGGCAGCCCACUGUGCCCAGAGACCUAAGACCACGGCAGCGCCCAGAGGAGAGUAGCGCUGCUGGGGCUGGACUGCCAGGGGCCCCGGGCCCCACAGAGGGAACGUUUUGGGCCCUGGAGUGAUCUGGUGACCGGUCAUGGGGGCAGGAAGAACUGGGUGGCCUCUGGCCCUCUUUUCUUGAGGAAAGACUGACCUAGGGCCACAGCCCCCCCCUUUCUUUGUGGACAUGCAAUAAACCCCAUGCUGCGUUUAUGGUU